AUGUCUCCUUCAUCUUCAAGCGCUCUGGUCAGAUCGACAGUGAGGCUGCUGUCACGGCGAAACUUUGCUCAAGGAGAAGUGACACCGGGUUUGAGUCAAUCUGAGUAUGAACUCCGAAGAUACAAACUGGCUUCACUCAUUGAGGCUCAAGCUGAAAGAAUGGGAUCGUCUACCUCCUCCAAUCAGAAUGUAGUAGUUGUUGUGCUGUCUCAUCCAACUCGCUACAUGACAAAUGACAUCCCAUAUCCCUUCCAUCAAAACCAGGAUUUUCUUUACCUGACUGGGAUUCUUGAACCUGACAGUGCCCUGAUUCUCCAUGGAAGAAGAAGACCCGACCAGGCUAUUUUAUUUGUCCCUCGUAGGGACCCAUCUCGGGAGCUGUGGGAUGGCCCAAGAUCAGGACGGAAUGGGGCUGCAGCACUCACAGGCAUCGAGAGGGUUCAUUGCACAGAAGAACUAGGUGUUGUACUAAAGAGUCUUAAAGGAGUAAAACAACAAGCAGCCAUUUUGUUUGUGCGGACGCUGGCAGACCGACAAAACCGGGACAGAGAUAACCGACUGAAGGCUCCUGUGGACCCAGAGCCUCUCCAGGCGGACUAG